GUUUACUGGUUUCCUGUUCCGGUCCGAUAUAUAACUUGUACCGAUGCACGCUGGUGGGGAACAUGGCGGGUCCGUGGUGGAGGCAGUGCAGGAGGUGGAGUACAAACUGUACGGGCACCACUUUAUUUGAAACAUUAUGGCAUAUGAACAGCAGGUCCGCGUCCACACUGGGGCGGACUUCCUGGAGCUCGGGGCCGGGGAACGAGAAACGACCAUCGGGACUACCAUCAGAAACAAACCUGAAAAGUUUACACCUUACCUCCUCUAUCACCAGACACAAGUUCCGACUGCUGGAUCCCAAACUACAGACCUCCUGCUGCUGCCGAACGAUACACAGUGAUGCAAAGCCGAAAGACCCCUUCACCCUAGCACAGAAAGAUUUAAAGAGUUUAUAUGAUGACAUCAGAAAGGAGCUGUUUGUAUCCAAAGAAGAGCUCAAGGAUCUAUGUGACUACUACUUUGAUGGCAAAGGCAAAGCAAUCCGACCAAUGAUAGUCGUCCUGAUGGCCCGGGCGCUUAACAUCCACAGCAACAGAGCCGGAGAUCUGCUCCCCGGUCAGAGGGCCAUCGCCAUGAUCUCAGAGAUGAUCCACACUGCCAGCCUGGUGCACGAUGACGUCAUUGACGGCUCGGAUAAACGACGAGGGAAGAGAACCAUCAAUGAAAUGUGGGGGGAAAGAAAGGCAAUCUUAGCUGGAGAUUUCAUCCUCUCAGCUGCCUCCAUGGCCCUGGCUCGGAUCGGUAACAUCACAGUGGUAAAGGUGCUGUCCCAGGUGAUAGAGGACCUGGUGAGAGGUGAGUUCAUGCAGCUGGGGUCCAAAGAGAACGAGAACGAGAGAUUCAAACACUACCUCGAGAAAACCUUCAAGAAGACUGCCAGUCUCAUUGCAAACAGUUGUAAAGCAGUAUCCAUUCUAGUGAACUCUGAUCCUGAGGUUCAUGAAAUAGCUUACCAGUAUGGGAAGAACGUCGGCAUCGCAUUUCAGCUGGUGGACGAUGUCUUAGACUUUACAUCAGGGGCCAGUCAGCUGGGGAAACCCUCGGCUGCAGAUCUCAAAUUGGGCCUGGCGACAGGGCCGGUCCUGUUCGCUUGUCAGCAGUUUCCUGAGCUCCAUGCCAUGAUCAUGAGACGCUUCAGCUCUAAAGGAGACGUGGAUCGAGCCUGGCAGUAUGUCCUUCAGAGCGAUGGAGUGCAGCAGACGAACUUCCUGGCCCAGCGUUACUGUCAGGAAGCCAUCAGACAGAUCAGCAUGCUGAGGCCGUCCGCGGAGAGAGACGCCCUCAUCAGGCUCACUGAGAUGGUUCUCACCAGAGACAAGUGAACCUCCUCUGAACUCCACUUCAGGCAGCUACCUACCUGUGGGAAAACCAAUCUCCCCGGCACACCCCACCUCAAUGUCAGCGCAGGCCGGGGUUCCGACAAAGACGGUUUAGAGAGGCGAUGGAAGUUUGGUUCUGAAGGAUCCCUGCGGCUUGUUUUUAGUACAAAACAAGCUGAGUAAGCAAAAUCAUGGGAUCUGAACCGCAGGCAGGGGUCUCUCUGAACGGAUUUCUGCUCUCUCAAACACAACCAAAUAUACACAAAGCUCAAUAAUGAUGACAUAUAUAAAUACACACACGGUUUGAAAUGCAAAUCCCAUUGGACACUGACUUGAAAGUUAUAUUAAAUUAAUGGAUAAAGCUACAAAGUGCACUCUAUCCCUUCACUGCAUAUAGUACUGUACCUGCAUCGCCCGCCCCAGGACUCAAAUCUAGCUGACUGACCGAAAGGUUUGUUGCCGGCUAGUGCUGAGCUGUGGCGGCGUUGCAAAAAAAAAAAAUCUCAUAGCAAACACAACGGAAGUGAACUAAUGUCAUCGAUGUGUUUGUUUGGAUCGAUCAUUUUCCUCUCUCAAGAUCCGUCCACACCUCUGCAGCCAAACAGUCGUGUGUUUAUGACCUGUGACAUGUUAUGAGGCUGCUUCUGUAAUGCAAAGUGCCCUGUGACAACCAAGGCCUUAACAUCUGCAAUGACUGUGUGCUAAAUAAAUAUAUUAUCAUGUUUUUUUUUUAUUUAAA